UCACACUGCGUCCAAUCAGCUGUUGCCGGAACUUAUUUAUAGCCUGCGUUCCACAGAUGGUAAAUCCAUCCAGGAUCGCCCGAAUCGAUGGCAUCUCUGAGCGAAACACUUCGUAGCCACUGGCCCAUCGCUUUGUUCGGUGUGAUCCUCUUCGUGGCUGGGGGCACGGAGCUCUACUGGAACGAGGGACGAGCCGUGCACAAUAUGAUGGCGCUGGACGAGGCACACGCCGACAUCUACUCGGUGCGCUUCACGGAGGAGGAACAGGAGGUGGGCCUCGAGGGCAGAAUCGUUCACCUAUCCGGACCCAUUCUCGUGGGCGAACCGCUCACCGAACCCGACUACAACAUUCAGUUGCUGGCGGUGAAGCUCCGGCGACGCGUCCAAAUGUACCAGUGGGUCGAGGAGGCGGUCGAGCACAACUACGGCGACAGCGUGGGAACGACGCAUUCGGACUCCCGCACCUACUAUUACACGCGGGAAUGGCGUGAUAAGAUCGUGGACUCGCGAAACUUCUACAACCGCCACGGACACACGAAUCCCAGUCACUUUCCCAUCGAAAGCCACGUUCAGGUGGCGGAUGCCGUCUUCAUUGGACGCUAUGAACUGGGUGCGGAGGUGAAGGAGAAGUUUAACAACUACCAGGAGCUCACUUCGGACAUUCGGCCAGAGGAUAGUGGCGUCAAGCUGCAUCUGGGCAUAUAUUAUCACACCAAUGAUGUGUUCAAUCCGGAGGUGGGUGACCUGCGCCUGCUCUUCAGCUUCGCGGGAAUGGAGGGCGAGGUGUUCAGCGUGGUGGGCAAGCUGUCGGGCAACAAACUGGUGCCGUACAUAACCUCCCGUGGCGUUCCAGUGCUGCUCGUCUAUCCGGGUGGGCUCAGUGUCCAGGAAGUGUUCCGGUUGGAGGCUCGUGCCCAGGUCUUGCACACCUGGUGGUGGCGCUUCGUCGGCUGGCUGCUGAUCUUCUUCGGCGUCACCUGCAACACCAAAAUCCUUCGUCUGCUGUUUGUACGGGUGCCGCUAUUGGUGGCCUUGGCACCCGAUCCUCAGUUCCCGGUUACGGGCAACCUACUCAUCGCAUUUUCGCUAGCUCUGACCAUUGCGGCAGUCGCCUGGAUCCUGCAUCGUCCUGUGAUCGGCGCCUGCCUCUUACUGGCUGGCGCAUCGCCUUACGUCUGGUUCACCCGCAAUCUGGUCGACUACCAUCGCCUGGACUAAUCCAUUUCAGAGUCAUCUCAAUAUUAUUUACAGGUUUAUUUAUUGUUGAUUUUCAUUGUUGAGCCAAAUUGAUCGCAUUUGCCAUUUAUCCCUCGGCCAAUAAAAACUUAACACUUAGUAAC